GACACACGCAGUCGCACACAGUGAAGGAAAACACCAAGCGAGAACGUCUCCUUACCUGCCAUGGGAAUCUAACCUCUCAAUCUGUGUACCUGUCAAAAAGCUUUGAGAAGACGGAUCAUUCUAGAGCCAGAAUGAAAGUUGUGGAAACCGUUUCAGUCUUUCUGCUGGUUCUGGUCACCUCAAGUUAUGGGAUACGGAGAGCGCCUCGUAUCAUCACCUUAUUAGAGACGGUGGAUAUACUACUGGAUCACAAUGCCACCUUCAUCUGUGAGGUGGAGUCCCGUCCCCCCGCUGACAUCACUUGGACCAAGAAUAACCACCCGAUAAUGUACUAUGACCCCCGGUACAUCACCAGGGAGCAGGGACAGAUGCUAAGCAUCCCUCGUGUCAGAGAGACAGACAAUGGAGAGUACUGCUGCCUCGCAAGUAACGGCAUUGGAGAGGCAGCCAAGAGCUGUGGAGCUCUGCAGCUAAAGAUGAAGCCUCAGAUCAAACGUCAUCCUACCAAUGUAACUCUUCUGCUAGAAUCGAAAGCAGUGCUGCCUUGUGUUACCCUCGGCAACCCCAAACCAGAUGUCACCUGGCUCAAAGAUGAUGAACUUAUCAAAAUCAGUGACCGUGUUACCAUUCUUGACUAUGGUGCGUUGAAGAUCCAUAACAUACAGAAGGAGGAUGCAGGACAGUAUCGCUGUGUGGCCAGAAAUAGCUUUGGUUUGGCCUUCUCAAAGCCUGUCACCAUAGAGGUCCAGGCUCCAGCACGAAUCCUGCGGGUUCCGAGGGAGAAGCGAGUAGCGUAUGGCAGCCAGAUUUCCCUGGAAUGUAACGCCACAGGAAAUCCGAUCCCCACCAUCACCUGGCUGGAAAAUGGGAAUACUAUCUCAGGCGCAUCGGUCGAAGAGACUUUGACAGGAGAGGUGGUCCUGUCCGUUCUUAAAGUGACGGUGAAUAAGCCUGCUCUGUAUACAUGUCUGGCCGCCAACAGGCACAACGCUGGAGCCAACACUGUCAAGGCAACUGCUAAAGUCACUGUCGCUGAGUGGAGACUCUACAAGGGCGUUGCAGGCUAUUGCAGUGCAUAUCGUGGAGAUGUGUGCCGCACCAUCCUGAGAGAUGAUCUGCUGGUUUUCUUUAAUUCCUCCCUCUCGGACCCUGAGGACAUGCAGGAGUACCUGGUUCAGAGUUGGUGGACGGAGCUGGAAGGACUCAGUAUGCUGUGUAGCCCCGCGGUACGCUCACUGCUCUGCCACUCCUCGUUCCCGGACUGCAACCCAUCAGGGUUAGGACCGGCACCUAAACCUGUCUGCAGAGAGCACUGCCUUGCAGUGAAGGAGCUGUACUGCCAUAAGGAGUGGUUGGUUCUAGAGGGCAGCAGUUCAGUUCAGCCUGGCUUCUUCAGCUCUGUCCCUGGGUCCCACACUCCCACUUCACUGCUGCCCAACUGUCAGGCCUUACCAAGUCUUCGCACAGACCCUGAUGCUUGCACACAUGUCCCUUUUGUAGACAUCAAGAAAGAUCAGGUUACAACAACAUGUUAUAAUGACAGAGGCCAUUUCUACCAAGGCAGCGUGAACGUGACGAGGUCUGGGAUACCAUGUCAGUCAUGGAGCCAACAGGUUCCCCACCAGCAUCGCCUGUCUGUGGAUGUGAUUCCAGAGUUGAAGAACUCAGACAACUACUGCAGGAACCCAGGAGGAAUCAGCGACAAGCCUUGGUGUUACACCUUGAAUCCCAACAUACGGUGGGAGUACUGCGCUGUGCCGCAUUGUGGAGAGACAAUCAUAGCAUCAGUGCUGAAGCCAGAGCCACAAGUCCCUCAUCAGACUCCUCGACUCCCUCCCACGGCCACAGUAUCGUCUCCGGCUUACUCCAUGUCCGUCAUCGUCAUCAUCCUGACUGCACUUGCAGCUGCAGUCUUCCUUAUCAUCAGCCUCCUUGCCUGCCGCAGACGGAGGAAGCAGUGGAGAAACCGGAAGAGAGCGAUGGAGACCCCGGCGCUGAAUGCUCUUCCAUCAGAGCUCCUGCUGGAUCGACUCCACCCCAACCCCAUGUACCAGCGGGUUCCCCUGCUGCUUAAUUCGAAGCUGCUGGCCCUUGAGUAUCCCCGAAAUAAUAUCCAAUACGUUCGAGAUAUUGGAGAGGGAGCCUUUGGACGGGUUUUCCAAGCCAGAGCACCAGCCCUGCUGCCAAUGGAGUCUUUCACGAUGGUGGCUGUGAAGAUGCUGAAGGAGGAAGCCUCAGCUGACAUGCAGAAUGACUUCCAGCGAGAGGCAGCACUAAUGGCUCAGUUUGACCAUCCAAACAUCGUACGACUCCUAGGUGUGUGUGCAGUAGGUAAACCCAUGUGUCUGAUGUUCGAGUACAUGGCCCACGGCGACCUCAAUGAGUUCCUGCGUCGCCGAUCUCCAACCCAAUCCGUGCGCACCCUCAGCCGCGCCAGCCUGUCGGGUCGCAGUUUUUCCUCUGAGCUGGAGGCGGGACUUCUCUCCUGUGACGAGCAGUUGUCAAUUUCCAAGCAGAUCGCCGCAGGAAUGGCCUACCUCUCGGAGCGCAAGUUCGUCCAUCGUGACCUCGCAACUCGGAACUGCCUUGUUGGGGAGGAAAUGGAGGUGAAGAUCGCAGACUUCGGCCUCUCCAGAAACAUCUACUCAGCCGAUUACUACAAAGCCAACGAGAAUGACGCCAUCCCCAUUCGCUGGAUGCCCCCAGAGUCUAUCUUCUAUAACCGCUACACCACUGAAUCGGACGUGUGGGCCUAUGGUGUAGUACUAUGGGAGAUUUUCUCUAAUGGGAUGCAGCCAUACUACGGUAUGGGUCAUGAGGAGGUUAUUUACUACGUGAGGGACGGCCACAUCCUCACCUGUCCUGAUAACUGUCCUAUGGAGCUGUACAAUCUCAUGAGGCUUUGUUGGAGCACACACCCAUCAGAUAGGCCCAGUUUCAGUAGUAUAUAUCGAAUACUGGAACGAAUGCAUCAAGCCACACUAAGCAUGACUGCUGACACUGAGCCUGACUGCUAACCUGAGAACCUUUCACAAUUAGUUUUUGUCCUCGUGCAAAACAAAGUCGAUUGAUGUAGUGAUUGAUGCCUGAAAAAACACUUUAAAUGAACAGUGGCAGUGAGCCCAAGCAUACACAGAAUACUCAAACAGUAAAGUGAUUUUCAGUCAUUUUGCCUUGCCCAAUUUGUCUUUUCAGGAGACCCUAACUGGCACCUUUAUUAAAUGUUUUUCUAUCAUAAACAGGUCAAAUAUUUCAGUCAAUUGCAUAUUGCUUACUUCUUCAAUUCAGGAAUUGUUUUUUUUUAGAGGGGAGGUGUUCCUUUAUUAUGGUGCGAUGAAGAUAGACAGGAAAGGGGGAGAGAAAGGUGAUGACAUGCAGCAAAGGGCCGCGGGUCGGAUUUGAAUCCCUGCCUCUGCGGUAAGGACUCAGUACAUGGAACGAGCGGAGCGCCCCACAGGGAUUGUUUCUAUGGAAUGCUGUAGUGUUUCCUCACUCUUACCCAUCAGUCCUGACCAUUCACCAGCACAUAUCAAUCACACAGGUCUGCUUUAUUUAUGGACAAUGUUGCAUUUCGCCACUAAUUUCUUGUGCGAGUUUGAUCGCGGCAUCAUAUGUGUUGCAAGAUGCGACAGAGAGCAGGUGGGGCUUCUCUCUACGUGGAUACCAACAACAUGAGGAUGUCAGGGACAAAGAGAAUCUCAACGCUGCUAUUUCUUGCACAAAUUGAAAACACAAAUUUUGCGUAAUUCCAUCGUCUAUGUCACUGCAUCGCGCGAAAUAUUCACUUCACGUUUGGUGUGAAUACACAAUAACACUGUUUCAACAGAGCCCUAAGCUUUGAAGACUUGAAGCCACUAACCAUGCAGAUGUACCCACAACCAUUUUAGAUAUAGAUAAAUGCACUCAAAAUGUAUGCUUCAUCCAUUGCAUGUUAAAUAGUUUUUAUCUUUAUCAUUUUGAGCUGUUACAAAUGGUCUGACUACUGAACAUUAGGGUUAGAAAGAGAAUGGGACACGACAUAGUAAGGACAUGUAAAACACGCUUCUUGUUAUUGUCACCUCUGGCAAACAGUGGCACACAAUCACUUUAAACCAUUGCUGUUGAUUGUUUUUUUAAACAAGUUGCUAUUCCAUUUUUGGGCAUUCUCGCUUUACUUCUUUGUUUCUUUUUCAAAAUCUUGUUGAUCUUUGUCUUUUUUUGUGUUAAUUUUACUUUGUGAAAGUGUUUGACACACAGAGUUUGACGUAACGAGUAAAUUACGGCAUUAGUUAAAAUAGUUUGAAGUGUAUUAAUGAAUUCUUCCAACUUCGUCACCAUAGCCCUUAAGGCUCACACAGAGAGAUUUGCUUGAUUCAAAUUUUGCAAAAACUCAUUAUCUAAAUUCAUUCCCGUGCCUUAAAAUAGUUUAUUUUGUAAGUGAAGAAUGGGCAAAAUGUCCUCAAUGUUCCAAAAUAUCCUCGUCAUGAAAGAGUAAAUCUUUAAUUGGUUCUCACAAUGAUUAAAACUCUCUUACAGAUCAAACUGUGCUCUCUGGUCUCAUUUCAUCUGUGUAAAAUGAAAUUAGAGUUACAGUGUUACACAUUUCCGCACUGAAUUACCAACAUCUAUUGUGUCAUCUUCUUCGUCAUGUGGAUUGCUCAAAACUGUUUGUUUUCUUUAGUUUGUUUUCUUUAAUUAUGUUUUCUUUAAUUAUGAGAUUAAUAUCAAAUGACAGAAAAUGUUUAUCUUGUCAACUUCAAAUGCCUUUCAGAUGAAUGACACAUUUUAUUUAUUUUUAAAUGUGCUGUGACAUUUUUGUUAUUUGUUACACGACAUAACGAUGCAGGUUUGUAAAGUAUUACAUUUGCUUUGUAUCGCUUGCAAAUAAACAUUAUAGUUAAA